CGGCGGCGGUGCGGGCCGCUGUGGGGCAGCGUGGCCGUCAUGGCCAUCCUCGCCCUGCAGAUCGCCUCCACCACCGGGCUCUUUGUCUACUUCACCAUGGCCAUCUCCAAGCUCAAAGCUCAGUCACAGGGCAGCUCGGAGGAACUGAGGUGUCUGCAGCUUAUCAAUCAGCAGCAGGAAGGCUCCAACUUGGAAGAGCUGAUCAGCAACCAGUCUUGCCUCAAGCUGGCCAACACCAUCAAAGCCUAUGUGGCCACGGUGACAGAGAACGUUAUCAGCAGAAGCGUGGUGAAUGAGGCCCAGAGGAGCUACUUCAACAGCUCAGAGGGGCAGGUUGCUACCAAAACACUCGGCAAACCCUCAGCACAUCUCACCCUACGCCCACAGAGUCCAGCCCAGGACGGAAGCUCCAGACGCUUUGGGAACCUCUCACAGUCCUGCCGCCACGCCAUCACUCGCUGGGAGGACAGCACCAUCCACUCACACCUGCAGAACAUCACGUACCGGGACGGCCGGCUGCGGGUCAACCAGGCAGGCAAGUACUACGUCUACUCCCAGAUCUACUUCCGCUACUCCCGCGAUGGGGCCGGCGCCCGUGUCUCAGUGCCUCAGGUUGUGCAGUGCAUCAACUGGAAGACCUCCUACAGCCAGCCCAUCCUUCUGCUCAAAGGAGUGGGCACCAAAUGCUGGGCACCCGAGGCAGAAUAUGGCCUCCACGCUCUCUACCAGGGGGGACUGUUCGAGCUCAAGGCCGGUGAUGAGCUCUUCGUCUCUGUCUCCUCACUGGCCAUUGACUACAACGAUGAAGCAGCCAGCUAUUUUGGGGCCUUCCGGCUCGACCUGUGACAGCCUCCUCAUCCUCACACCUUCCCUCUGCUCUUGCUGGAUUGACUCUUCUGCAUGGCCUAGGGCAGAAGCAAUUUGAGCUGCCACUGUGUGCAGCUCCCCUCAUGCUGUUGCCUUCCUCUGUGUGAGACAGCAGCUGAAUGGCCAGUGGUUCAGCUGGGCCUGGCAUAGUGUAAUUCCCUGCAUCUGCUGUGCCUGGUGGGAGUCAGCUGAAGCUGGGCAAGUUGGCACAGGGAACACAGAGCAGAACACACUUCUACCAAGAGCCACACCACCAGGGUGCCUUGUAACCACUUGCUGUGCAACCGUGUGCCCCCACGCCAGCAAGGCAGAAGCACAGAGGCCACAAUUUCAGACUAAUCCUUCUCAUGGCAGGACCACCUCCCUGCAAGUCUGAAUCCAGAUUUGGCACAUGCAGGCAGCAAAUCAUAGCCAGCCACGCUGCCAAGCUCCUGGAUCUUGAGCUGGAAGUGCUGGCGCAGAACUCAAGGUUAGCAAAGAGCAGUGGUAUGAGGAGCAUGGCUGCAGGGCUGCCCACCACCCCACAGACAAGUAGCCUGCAGGCACAGACAGAUCCAACACCAGCUUCCAGGAGUAAUCAAGGAGUUUUCAGUUCAGAUCAGUUAGAAACCUGGGUCUGUGCCAGCAGUCAGCUUCUCAAGAGGCAAAGAGCAGGGCCAUAAUGCUACAAUAAUUACCAGCACAAGCAGCUGCACUCAGGCACGUGGCAGAGAUGCACUCCUCGCCCAGGUUAGAUGCAGCAUCAACAGAGCCCAGCAUGUGGCACAUCCACAGCAGCAUCUUCUCCCUGGAGCAAGCUGGGGAGCUGCAGACCUGCAAGACUGGCACCUUGGUCUGGUUCUUAGCAGGCUGGAACAAACAGCAGCACAUACAGCACUCCAGGUGCUUCUCUGUGGCUCACACAAACCCCUGACGGCGAAGAAAGGACACUGAACUACGGCACCAGCUGUGCCCAGGGUGCAGUGUGGUCCUCAGCAACUUUUCAUGAGUCUCAUGUGACAGCAAUGACAAUGCAGAAAAGGGGUGCCCCAGUCCCUUGGUGCUGAGCAGGGCCAGCAUCCGCAUGCUGGGGAUGAGCUGGGCCAUCUUGUGGGGCAGCUCAUGUGCACAGGAGGACCACCAAGAUGAGGAGCUUGACAUCUCGCCUCCCUUUGCUUCUGACCUAGCAUCCCUUAUAUUUGGGGUUUUGUUUCUCCCAGCACUGUUGGGCAUCAGAGCCGCUCUUUGCUCACGGUGGUUGUCACCCUCCAAGAUUGCUGCUGAGGCCACGCUUCAGCUCAGGCAGUAGUGGCAGAGGACCCAGGACGAAACCAAAUCCCUGUUGCUAAACCUCCAGGACACAUCAGACACAAAAGACAGGUUCAAGCAGAGCAGAGCAUGAUAAAGCUGGCUGGGCCCAUGGACACUGUGUGGACAUAGACCAUUUUUGUAAUUACUUGUAUACUCUGUAUCAUAUUAUGAAUGUUGACCUACAGGGACAGGCCAGCAGCACAAGCUGCCACGAAGGACACAAACACCCCUCCUGCCAGCACAGUUCUGGGGUGUCUCAGUGCUGCUUUCAAUAAAUCCUGUACUCCA